CCACUUGUGCUUCAGUUAGUUUCGUCUUUUUCCAUAAUUUUCUUUUAAUUUUUGGAACCUUCUCUCUCUAGAAUUCUUGAUUAGUGCUCAAAACCUUUUUCUCAAGUACAGUGUUUAGAACCCAGCAUUAUUAGCAGUUUGUUUUUUUUAGUUGCCAAAGCCUUCCUUUGUAUCUUAAUUAGGUGAUUAUUCUUUAUGUUUCUUUCCCUUUUGGAGAUUGAGGUCUGGAAUUUGGAUUAUUGGGUAAUCAACGGUUGCUUUAUUGGAAAUCACCUGCUUCUUUAAGCUUGCUUGCCUUCUGAUUGAGAUGACCUUUCUUCUUGGAUCCAUUUCUUCAGAUUGGAAGGCUAGAAGAGAUACAUAAUGUGGAUACUGUCAGCCUUCAAACUCAUAUCAACCAAUUGGAGGCAAAGAACAGGUAGUGAGGUUCCCCCAUCAUCAGUCAACUUUGUUUAAUUGGUGGAAGAAGAUGGACAAGUCAUUCAUCAAUAAUCAGAAAGAUGAUUCUCGGGAAGAGGAUUCAGUUGAUAGCUUGAGAAAUAAAGGAGAACUAUCAGGAGAAAAUAGUAUAAAUUAUUCUCCUAUAAAAUCAAAAGGGUUGGUGAGACGUGCACAACAUGGUCUGAUAUUUAAUGUUAAAAAAUUGCACACCAGUAACGGUUUCAUAAAGGAUUCACUCCUUCAAAGUACAUGUGGCUUAGGAAAUAAGAUUCCAAGGCAUGUUGUGACUUUGGAAGAGAAAUAUUCGCGUCAUUGCCUGGAACAGAUUAACCUUAUCACAGAAAAAGCAGCCAGAUCCAACAUUUCAGAGAACUUCAGCUCUGUAAAGAUGGGCAGUUUAUCUGAUGUCGUCAAUCGAGUUAAAAUCAGGAAUGAAGAUACAAGUGAUUUUGGUAGGUUUGUUUUUGGAUGUCCAUUAGCAGCAGCUGGUGAUGGGAGUGCAGUUAUUGGUUUGCCAGGACAGUGGAUUGUAGGUUCAGUAAUGGGUAACAAGGGUGUGAUGAACAUAUUGAAAAGCCCCUUGUUGCAGAAAUUGGGAGCAUCGGAUGCUGGUGCUGAUUUUAGAAGAAAUUUCAAGGAUGUUAAAGGAACAAUAUCUUAUGAUUUUUUGAGUUCUCCUGGUGGGUUAAGUAAUUGUUCAUCACAUAAACCAGAAAAGGAAACUUACAUGCUUGGAAAGAAUAAAUAUCAAUCUGAGAAUUCUCAUAGAAGGUUGAUAUCUAUGUCAAGCACAAACUCCACAUGCUCCGAUCAUUCUUCUUCUCCUUCUGCAUUCAUUUCUCAGGGAAUGCUCCAAUGCACAUGGAAAAGUGGGGUUCCUCAUUUUGUUUUCUCCCUGGAUAAUCAGAGGGAUGUUUAUGUGGCCAACUUGUCGAAGGCUGAAUCAGCUCUUGAUAAGGGUAUGAAGUAUCUGUACUUGUUCCAUUCAAGCAAGCAUGGCAAUAAGGAACAAGGAUUUUGUGGUAAGGAGUCACACCUUGUUGGUAAGAUGAAGGUAUCAACUUCUUUCAGCAUUUCCCCAGAUAAUUCUAAAAUCAUGGAGAGAGAGUUUGUUUUGUUUGGUGAUAGUGGAAAUUUCAUUGGUGAGAUGCAAGCUUCAAACAAUAAACACAGGAAGAAUAAGAGACAAAUGAAGAAGUUUGUGGAUGUUUUCAGACCCAGUCACCCAUCAAAGCAGAGAGGCGUGUCUAGAUUUGUGGGAUCAAGUUCCAAUUUGGAAGAUUGUUCUUUGGAGCCAUGCCUAGACAUAGCCAACAGUUCUGAUACACGUGGUGGGGUCAAUCUUUUGGAGGAACCACUUCCUCAUAAUCUUCAAUUGGCUGCCAUUCUUGUGAAAGACCACCUCCCUGAAAAUUGUCCAAAGGAAAUCGGAGGCUGGGGCUUGAAAUUUCUGAAGAGAGUUUGUACCAAGCCAACAAUUGAUUCUUUUGCAGCCUUAGAACAAAAUGCUUGUGAAGACAACAAUGGUAAUUGUUCAACAAGUAUGGAUGUUCUACUUCCAGCAGGCCUUCACGGUGGUCCAAAAACCAGAAAUGGUGGCCCCUCUAGUCUCAUUGAAAGAUGGAGAUCUGGUGGACAUUGUGAUUGUGGGGGCUGGGACCUGGGAUGUCCACUAACAGUGCUUAAAAUUAGGUCAACUAAAGGAGAGGCAUCACCUGAUGCUGAUGUGCCAGAGCCGUGCAAGUUUUGUGAUUUUUUCAUUCAGGGUUCUGAGCAUCAUGCUCCUGCCUUGAGGAUAGCGAGUAUCCAUGAUGGCUUGUAUUUUGUUCAUUUUCAAUCAACACUAUCAAUUCUGCAGUCUUUCUCUAUUGCAGUGGCAUAUAUCCAUACCCAUAGUCCAGCUCUCCGACCAAAAAGUGUACAGGAGUCAAAGCAAUGAGAUUCACAGUUUGAAGUUUAUGUUGUUGUAACCCCCCUUCUACAGCAGUGUGUUAGUCAAAGUGCUUGAGUUCCUUCUUGUAUCAUAUGGGCUACGAAAUAGGAAACUCAAGCAGAGAGAGGAAGCCUCCAAUAUCAGGAGGCCUGCUCCUAUCCAAUGGUUUAUGUUAUUUAGUUCGGACUGCAUAAUAGUUUCUUUUUUUCAUUUUUUUUUAAAGUAUUUAUACAUGAAUUAGAAUUGUUAUUUGUUGUGUCUACGGCAGCUUGCUUAUGGCGUGCAGCCUAUGUUGUCCAUGAUUCCGAAAACAGAAAUAUUGUAAUGUUCCCCUGGAUUGGUAUGUAAGAUUUUGAAUUUUGAUGGAGUGAAAUUUAUACGAAAUAAUAUACUUCAUUACAA